AUGUCCUCGGACGACGACUUCUACCUGUUCACCAACGGCUCGGUGCCGGGCCCCUGGGACGGCCCUCAGUACCACAUCGCCCCGCCGUGGGCGUUCUACCUGCAGACGGCCUUCAUGGGCUCCGUGUUCGCCGUGGGGACCCCCCUGAACGCCGUGGUGCUGUGGGUCACCGUGCGCUACAAGCGCCUGCGCCAGCCCCUCAACUACAUCCUGGUCAACAUCUCGGCCAGCGGCUUCGUCUCCUGCGUCCUCAGCGUCUUCGUCGUCUUCGUGGCCAGCGCACGAGGAUACUUCGUCUUCGGGAAGAGGGUCUGCGAGCUGGAGGCCUUCGUCGGCACCACCGGGGGGCUGGUGACCGGCUGGUCGCUCGCCUUCCUGGCCUUCGAGCGUUACAUCGUCAUCUGCAAACCCUUCGGCAAUUUCCGCUUCAGCUCGCGGCACGCGCUGCUGGUGGUGGUCGCCACGUGGCUCAUCGGGGUCGGGGUUCGGGGCCCCGCGCUGACGCCGCUGGCCCCGUGCCCGCAGGUGGCGGCGCAGCAGCAGGAGUCGGCCACCACGCAGAAGGCGGAGCGCGAGGUGUCGCGGAUGGUGGUGGUGAUGGUGGGCUCCUUCUGCCUGUGCUACGUGCCCUACGCCGCGCUGGCCAUGUACAUGGUCAACAACCGCGACCACGGCCUCGACCUGCGCCUCGUCACCAUCCCCGCCUUCUUCUCCAAGAGCGCCUGCGUCUACAACCCCAUCAUCUACUGCUUCAUGAACAAGCAGCCCCCCAAGGACAAAACGAUGUGGGAGUGA